GUUCUUAAAAUAAUUGUUUAAGGACACAGUUAAUUAUUUUUGUAACUACGAUGUAUUGAAACAUUCAAUCCCACUGAUACAGAAUAAACAGAAAUAAAUAAGAAAUGUACACGGGCAUUUUCGCGAAAAAAAAAAGAAAGGUCAGGGUUCAAAGGUUGGAGUUUACAUUCAACAUGGCAACGUGCGAGCUGAAAGGGGAGCUGAAAUACAGGGAUGGACUGACAAACCAGUUCGUUGUAAAAGUAGAUGACAAUUUGAAAUCAAUGAUAACUGGCAUUAAGAAAAUAAAUGCGGAUAUCUCAGAGGUUUUGACGGCUCUUGUCGAACAGGAAAAGGGCUCGACGGGAAACUGUAAAGGAGAUGUGGAUGAUGAUGAGGAAGAGGAUUGUGAGGAAGAGGAUAGUACAAAGGAAACGGCCGCAAAGUCAAACACAGAACCUCCAAAAAAGCGAAUAAAGACCUUACGGACAUGAUCCUCAGAGUUGCCAUACUACUGUUUUGGUCUUUAUUACAUAAGGAGGUGAUGUUAACUCUUUUUGGCAUUUGGUAAUGGAUUUAUUUUAAGUAACUUGAGUUUCUUUUUGAAACGUGGCAGAUUACCAGUGUGAUAGGAAAAUUGUUUCAUAUUUCCUGGAAUAAAGUUACAA